AUGUCCUUGCUCGGUGUGAUAAUGUACUCCCUCGCCAAUUCUGUAUGGCUCCUCCUAUACUGGCUAUACCAGCACCCUUUUAAGACACCACAAUCACCACAGAAUGGGCACAGCAGUGUCCGUCUUCGUCGCCGCCGCAUGCGGAAUCGUCAGGGAUCUCUCCUGGAAGCACUCGGAAUCAUCUACACUGAUAAACCCUUUUACUCGUUUAACGACCAUUUUCACAGUUUUCAAGAAGUCAGCGAUUCGUGUAAAAAAGCAGGUCUAGAAAAGUGUGGUUUGAUUAUUGGCAUCGAUUACACAGCAUCUAACGAGUGGCAAGGACGUAAAUCAUUCGGUGGACAAUGUUUACAUAAGAUCAUACCGGGACGAAUUUAUAAUCCCUAUCAGAAGGUCAUUUCUAUCAUAGGUCAAACGUUGGAGCCAUUUGAUGACGAUAAUUUCAUCCCUGCUUAUGGCUUCGGUGAUAGUGUGACAUUGGGUGAUAAGGUAUUUCCCCUGUUCAGUGAUGGGAUACUGUGUCGAGGAUUUAAAGAGGUGCUAGAAUGUUACAGUAACAUGGCGUCAAAAUUAAUCCUGAGUGGUCCAACAAACUUUGCUCCAUUGAUUCAUCAGGCAAUCGAUAUAGUGAAAAAGACAGGAACGUAUCAUAUACUUAUCGUGAUAGCAGACGGUCAAGUGAAUGAGGAACAGCCGACUAUUGAUGCAAUUAUCCAAGCAUCCCAAUAUCCACUUAGCAUCGUGGUUGUAGGGGUAGGGGACGGGCCAUGGGACCUCAUGGAAGAAUUUGACAACCAUCUUCCAUCCCGUACAUUUGAUAACUUUCAGUUUGUGAACUAUCAUGAAGCCACAUCCAAAUCGAAACAUCCUGAUGCAAACUUAGCGCUCCAUGUAAUGAUGGAAAUUCCAUUACAGUAUAAGACAAUCAAAGCCAUGGGCUACCUCAGUGAAGGAAAGUCAUCGUCGCCAGUCAACAGCGGGGAAAAUUCAAAGGACAUUGUUAGGAAGAGACCCAAAAGUGCCAUCUCAGAAAAAAAUCUGGGUUACAGUACAGAUAAAUUGCAGGGUUCCAAUGGGAGCAAAUUGUUGGAUGCAAAUUGGAAUAAGUCACAAGGUUUAGACAGAGAAAGACCCUGGAGUAUGGUUUGUAGUAAAUCUCAGCUUGAAGUCAGUGAAAACUCUCUGAGUGUUUGUCAACAAACCGAUGUAUGA